GUGCCAGGAAAAGGAUGACGUGAAAUGUUGGUAAUUAUCAUGAAAAUUCCUUAUGAGGAUGACAAUAUCGUUUCACAUAUUAAUUGCAUGAAGGGGAAAUUUCCUCUUAAUUUUACACUAGAAACACGUUUUUCAAUUUUCUCUCCAUCGUUUUUCUUUUUUUACAUCAAUAACUUCGUCUUAAAAAAUAAAGCCAAAUCUUCGUUCUAAAUCAUCAUAUCAGAUGGUAUGAGAUGGUCACACUGCCCGGAAGAACAACGUGCUAUCGUCUUCCGCACCCUUCUCCGACGAUGCGCACGCGCCUCCGCUCUCCGCCCCGGCCAGCAGCUCCACGCCGCCGCCACCGUCACCGGUCUCCUCUCUUCCCCCACCCACUUUCUCCUUAACGCCCUCCUCCAUCUCUAUGCCUCCUGCGCUUUCCCCUCCCACGCGCGCACACUGUUCGACAAAAUUCCCCACUCGCACAAAGACUCCGUGGACUACACCGCCCUCAUCCGUUGCUGCAACCCCCUCCAAUCCCUCCAUUUCUUCCUCCAAAUGCGCCAACGUGCCCUUCCCGUUGAUGGGGUGGCCUUAAUUUGCGCCUUCAGCGCGUGUGCUAGGCUUGGGGACUCAAAGCUCGUCCCUCAAAUGCACGUGGGUGUGGUCAAGUUUGGAUUUUUAAAGUGUACCAAGGUGUCCAAUGCGGUGAUGGAUGGUUAUGUUAAGUGUGGGCUUGUGGGUGAGGCUAGAAAGGUGUUUGAAGAAAUUGGGGUGCCUAGUGUUGUGUCUUGGACUGUGGUUUUGGAAGGUGUGGUGAGAUUUGAAGGUGUCAAGAGUGGGAGGGUGGUGUUUGAUGAAAUGCCUGAGAGAAAUGAGGUUGCUUGGACUGUUAUGAUAAAGGGUUAUGUUGGGAAUGGGUUUACGAAGGAGGCUUUUGGGCUUCUGAAAGAGAUGGUUUUUGGUUGUGGUUUUGGGUUGAAUUAUGUUACUCUUUGUUCUUUUUUGUCUGCUUGUUCUCAGUCUGGGGAUGUGAGUGUGGGUAGGUGGGUUCAUGGUUAUGCUGUCAAGGCAUUGGGGCGGGACUUGGGUGUUAUGGUGGGGACAAGUUUGGUUGACAUGUAUGCAAAAUGUGGGAGGAUAAGUGUUGCUUUGAUUGUGUUUAGGCACAUGUCAAGGAGGAAUGUGGUGGCAUGGAAUGCCAUGCUUGGUGGGUUGGCCAUGCAUGGGAUGGGGAAGGUUGUGGACGAGUUGUUUCCUUGCAUGGUGGAUGAAGCGAAACCUGAUGCUGUGACUUUCAUGGCUUUGUUAAGUGCUUGCAGCCAUUCGGGUCUAGUUGAAAAGGGUUGGAAGUACUUUCAUGAUCUUGAGUCUGUUUAUGGGAUAAGGCCAGAAAUAGAGCAUUAUGCUUGCAUGGUAGACCUUCUUGGUCGAGCUGGACAUUUGGAAGAAGCAGAGAAUUUGGUGAAAAAGAUGCCAUUUCCUCCAAAUGAGGUUAUUCUGGGGUCCCUUUUGGCGUCUUGUUAUGCACAUGGUAAGCUGCAGCUGGGGGAACAGAUUAUGCAUGAGUUGGUUCAGAUGGACCCCAGCAACACUGAAUAUCAUAUCCUACUUUCAAACAUGUAUGCAUUGUCUGGAAAAGAAGUCAAGGCAAAUUCCCUUAGGCAGGUUCUUAAGAAUAGGGGUAUCAGAAAGGUGCCAGGAAUGAGCACCAUAUAUGUGGAUGGCCAACUUCAUCAGUUCAUUGCAGGGGAUAAGUCACACCCAAGAACUGCAGAGAUUUACAUAAAGCUUGAUGAUAUGGUUUGCAAGCUGAGGUUGGCUGGCUAUGUUCCCAACACAAAUUGUCAAGUUUUAUUUGGUUGUUCCAAUAGGGAUGCUUGCAUAGAAGAAUUGGAGGAGGUAGAACAGGUUUUGUUCACUCAUAGUGAGAAACUAGCACUUUGUUUUGGCCUAAUGAGCACAGCAUACGGUUCUACCCUACAUAUUUUCAAGAACCUAAGGAUUUGCCAAGACUGUCAUAAUGCUAUUAAGAUUGCCUCUGACAUAUACAAACGUGAAAUCGUAGUACGAGAUCGUUACCGUUUUCAUAGUUUCAAGCAAGGUUCAUGUUCUUGCUCAGACUAUUGGUGAUUUGCCACUUAACCUGAAUGACACUGAUUGGACGCGGAAAUUGAAGCUUCAUUCAUCAGGGCUAGGAGAUUAAUUACUUGUUCGGAAACACAGUUAAAAUUUUUGUAAGUGUGAAUUCAACGCGGAAGCUAUAACCAGAACCAUUGAAGUAAACAU